UUUUUUUUCUUUACUUACAGACAUGACUUGUGGCAUAGAAUGUAUCGACAAAUGGCUGACGAAAGCAUUUUACAGACUCGGUCUAGUGGUCGCCAAACAUCCAGGGUACUUUCUUUUGGUGCCCGUAUUUUUGACGGCCAUCUGCAUCACCGGAUUCCAGAGAGUAAAAUUCGAAAUCGAUCCAGAAUACCUGUUCAGUCCCGAACAAGGGCCUGGCAAGACUGAGCGAGCGAUCGUUGAGAGCUACUUUAAGAUGAACUAUUCGUCACUUUUCAAUCCAACACGGAUCACCAGACCAGGUCGAUUUGGUCGAGUAAUUGUUAUACCUAAACAAAGCGACACUAUGUUAUCGGUUGAAAUAUGGAAAGAACUACGAAUACUCGACGACAUCAUCAGAAAUGCGUCGAUCACUUGGGGUCCAGAAAACACUGCGUAUAAGUAUGACGAUAUAUGUGCUCGGUGGAUAGACCAGUGUUUCCCAAAUGACAUCUUAAAUCUAGACUACGUGAUGAACGACGUGGUCAAUGGCAGCUUGAAGCUGACGUUCCCUAUCAUGUUCAAUCCAGUUACGUGGGACGCACACACGUUUCCUGUUUACUUCGGAGGUACUGAAACGGACGAGGACGGGUUGAUUACAAGAGUACCGGCGUUACAACUAGUUUACUUUAUUACAGCCGAUACUAAAGCACAAGAUGAAAGGGGCUCGCUAUGGGAAGAGGCGUUCCUGGACGCGGUCGGCAAGGCCGAAGACUCGGGACGGUUCAGUCACAUAUCCACGGCGCGUUUUGGGUCCAGGACGUUGGACAUCGAGCUGGAGAACAACACCAGGACGGUGGUACCGUACUUCUCGUCCGCUUUCAUCCUGAUGGCCGUCUUCUCCGUGGUGACGUGCAUGAUGACCGACUGGGUGCGCAGCAAACCAUUGCUAGGGCUCAUGGGCAACGUGUCCGCCGCAAUGGCCACCAUCGCCGCAUUCGGUUGUGCAGUUUACGUCGGCAUACCGUUCAUCGGCAUCAACUUCGUGUCACCGUUCCUCAUGUGCAGUAUAGGCAUCGACGACACGUUCGUCAUGUUGGCCGCGUGGCGACGAACGCCAGUGACCAUGGACGUGCCCGAAAGAUUGGCGAGAACGCUGUCCGACGCCGCCGUAUCGAUUACCAUCACUUCAGUCACCGACAUAGUGAGCUUCUGCAUCGGAAAAUUCAGCCCGUUCCCGGCCAUACAAAUAUUCUGCUUAUAUUCGGGAUUUGCCGUUUGUUUUAUAUUCGUAUGGCACCUGACGUUCUUUUCCGCGUGCAUGGCUAUCGCCGGAUACGCAGAGCACAGUAACCGUCACUCCAUCACGUGCCUUAAAGUCAAACCGGUGUCGAUGUCAGACAAAGAAUCGUGGUUGUACAGAGUGUUCUGUUCGGGUGGAGUGAACCCCAAGGACCCUGGAAAUCCACGGGACAACCCUGACAACGCGAUAAUGGUUUGGUGUCGAGACAGUCUAGGAUGGGCGUUGAACCAGUGGUACGUGAAGAUAAUGGUGCUCUUGGUGUUCGCUGGAUACCUGGCGGGUGCAUUGUACGGCACCACCACCAUCCAAGAAGGACUACAGAGGAGAAAGCUGUCCAGGGCCGACUCGUACUCCAUAGAGUUCUACGACCGGGACGAUUUUUAUUUCAGAGAAUUCCCGUACAGAAUCCAGGUAAUAAUUGCCGGGGAAUUGGACUACUGGGAUGUGGACGUGCAAAACGAAAUAGAGAAUUUGACCAAGGCUUUCGAGAAUUCGACGUUCAUAUCUAGUCCACUGUACACCGAGUCUUGGGUACGGUCGUUCGUGAAUUACGUGAAUCGAAACCAAGAGGAGCUCAACGUGACCAUCGACACACGUGAAACGUUUUUGCAAACACUGAACGACCUGUGGCUGUUCAAACCGAAUCCAUUCUCGUUGGAUGUUAAGUUUAACGACGACGGUACCAAAAUCGUGGCUUCUCGAUUCAUGAUACAGGCGGUAAAUAUUAGCGACGGAAACAUGGAAAAAGACAUGGUGAGAGAACUGCGGAAAAUCGCGCACGAAUCUCCGUUAAACGUUAGCGUUUUCCAUCCAUACUUCGUAUUUUUCGAUCAGUUCGAACUCGUAAGGCCAACUUCGAUCCAGUCCAUGGUGGUGGGCGGGGCUACGAUGAUGCUGAUCUCGUUCCUGUUCAUACCGAACGUGCUGUGCUCCCUGUGGGUGGCCUUCUCCAUCGUGUCCAUCGAGCUGGGCGUGGUCGGCUACAUGGCCCUAUGGGGCGUCAACCUGGACACGAUAUCCAUGGUGAACCUGAUCAUGUGCAUCGGGUUCUCCGUGGACUUCACCGCGCACAUAUGCUACGCGUACAUGUCGUCCGGGGCGACGCGGCCCGCUGAUCGGGUCCGGGAGAGCCUGUACGCGCUGGGCCUGCCGAUCAUGCAGGGCGCGAUCAGCACGGUGCUAGGAGUGUCGGCCCUGAUACUGGCCGGCAGCUACAUAUUCAUGGUGUUUUUCAAGAUGAUCUUCUUGGUGAUAGUGUUCGGCGCCCUGCACGGCAUGAUCCUGCUGCCCGUGCUCCUGUCGCUGUUCGGCCCGGGCGCGUGCGGCGGUGGGUCGCGGAAAGCUCGCCGCCCGUCCACCGCGGCGGACGACUGCAGCAAGUCGGCGGCGCAACUGGCCGGCGGCAACAACAACGGCGCCGCCCGCGGACCCGUACUGCAUACCGCACCCGUCGCUGCUGCAGCCAGACUUUGGCGAAGUGGACAGGCGGUACCGCGGCGGCGUGUCUGCCAACAAGCCGUACGCCGCCAACCCGAGGCCGGACAAGGACAUGGGUCUGGGCACGUCGGAGGACUCGAGUGAGAGCAGUUCGUCGAGGUCGCAGCGGCGCCGGUUGAGGGAGGCUGCGGAAGACGAGGCGCAGCGCCGAAAGUACCUGGACGGCUGGCGGAAGGCCACGGGCCACUCGAUGCCGAUGACGCCGGCCAGGCCCGCCGGUUACGGGCCGCCGGCCGCCAAUAACGGCACCGGUUACGGUCAACGGCAUUCCGCCGACGGUUACUACAACAGUCGGUCAGCCGGGCCAGGCUAUCAUCGCGACGAACGACAGUACAGAAAUGACGGCCGAUAUCAUUAGGACCUGACUCGGGCGGCCAUCGUGUGCCCGUGUGCGAUCCAACGCUUUCGGUAUUUCCUAAUACGACUCCGAGCCAAACGCCGUGGAUUUUUUUACAAAACACGACGGUUUUGUGUUUCGUGUAAAUAUAAGUUAACGUUGCCAGUGAUUUCUCUUGGGCAUAAUAUUAUUAUUGCACAACGAGAAUGAAAUAUUAUAAUAUAAUAUUAUAAAUGAAUCAAACAAUAGAUGAGGGGUGUUU